GGUUAAUGGAUACUGAACCCUCUUGGGAUCUUGGGGGGGUGGUAAAUUUUUUUUCUAAAUUGCAUGGCAACAUCAAAUGACCAAACCAAUACCAAAUCAUCAUAUUCUCACACUCUUCUUCUUUUCCUCAUAUUCUUAUCUUUCAUUCUCUUCAUUGGCCUUACAAUCCCAAUGAAUCAUCAUCAAUCCACAUCUACGGUUGUUCUCUUCAAGAGGGUUCUUCUUAAAUCUUCGGCUCCAGCUUCAUCCACGAUGGAUCUGCGUCCAAAGAAUCACCCACGACCCAGCCGCACUUCUAGAAAGAGAGAGUUUGGAAAUGAUGCUCAUGAAGUUCCUAGUGGUCCAAACCCUAUUUCCAACUAGGUGAGUUGGCAUAUCUGGUUUUACCCCUGAGUUUAAGAGAUAAGUUAUUAUAGAUCAAUAUUAUGUUAUUAUAUAUGGGAGAAGCCUCUGAUCGAUGGAGAUUAGAGAAGAACUUAAUUGUUAUGGAUUUAGUAUAUAUUUUUGAAUGGAUCAGUUUGGUACCGUUCA